CUAGCUCUGAACUCCCACAGAGUAGACGGAAGAGAGGAGAGGAGAGAAAGAGAAGAGAAGUGGAGGAACAUAGAAACAGAGUGCUACAGUACAGUCUGCGCAUAGCCAGCCCCACACACACACAUUCGCACACUUCCAGAACGCACCUCACCCAUCCAGCUGGACUUCCUCUCUCCAAGUGGACUCCAGCCCUCAAGCCAUCUUUACUGGAACCGUGACUACCUUUCCUCCACGCUACCACCACUCCCACUCUUCCUCAUCCAUCUCUCCCUCGUUCCCUCGUUCUUCAGGGGGGGAUGGCACGGGCCUCUUUCGGGGGUGCCCUGCUGGCCCUGGUGGCCCUGGUGUUGGCAGCUGGUAUGGUUUUGGGGAGUCCCCCUGCGGCAGGCUUCUACCCCCGCUUCAACCCCUUCUUCUUCCUGUGUACGCACCACGGGGAGCUGGAGGGGGCCGGGGUGGCAGAGGGAGGGGGAGAGGUGCUCCUCACCCUGCAGAUUGCUGGGAACCCCACCGCCUACACUCCGGGACAGGAGUAUCAAGUGACCGUCUCCACCAGUACGUAUUUUGAUGGUCUGCUGGUGACCGGUCUCUAUACGUCCACUCCUGUCCAGUCUGCUCCUAUCCCUGCUCCUGCUGCCUUCGGCUUCGGUGUUAUACCAGAGCAGCGUCAGUUUGGGACUCAGUUUGUGUGUAGUGUUGUGACGUCUCACAUCAGCCACCAGCCCUUGACCAGUCUCAGCUUCGUCUGGAUCGCUCCUCCUCCAGGCACCGGCUGUGUCAACUUCCU